UAUCGGUAAUUAUGAUUCAUUUUUAUCAACUACAUAAAGAAACCCAAACAAAUAAAAAUGUGAUUUAUUUUGAAAAAUAUCUUUACAGGUUUAAGCGCUCGUUAUGGAUAAAGAAGUCACUAACUUUAAUUCGACAGCUGAUUUAACAAGCAACCCAGGAUUUCAAUCAACUUUGAGUAUAGCGAAUGACGAAAAAAAUGACAAGACAUAUAACCCGUUCGAGCAUCGACAACUCCAACAUCCUAAUUCUACAAUCGGGUCAAUACUUCAUUUGCUGAAGGCGUGCAUUGGCUCCGGCAUACUGGCGAUGCCGGCAGCCUUCAAAAAUGCGGGACUUCUUGCGGGAACUAUAGGCACUUUGUUGGCAGGGUAUCUCUGCACGCACACGGUAGCUAUAUUGGUUACAACAUCGCAGCAAGUAUGCGUGGAUGCCAAAGUGCCGUCUAUGAGUUUUGCUGAGACCUGUGGAGCGGCUUUUACAUAUGGACCUAAGAAACUACGGUCGUGGGGCAAUUUUAUCAGGGCACUAGUUGACUUCUCAAUGAUGCUGACAUACGCAAGUACUUUAUGUGUUUAUGUGGUUUUCAUCGCUUCGACUUUUAAAGAGGUAUUGGAUGUACUUCAGCCGGAAUGGAAACUCUCCGUCCAGAUGUACUGCAUUAUAAUCUGCAUACCUCUAGUACUCAUAUGUCAAAUCAGAAACCUCAAGUACUUAGUCCCGUUCUCGGCUCUGGCUAACGUGCUUGUGGUCAUUGUGUUCAGCAUCACCAUGUAUUACAUGUUUUCCGACCUGCCUCCAGUGACUGACAGAGAGAUGGUUGCUAGUGUUUCGACGUGGCCUCUCUUUUUUAGCACCGUGGUAUUCGCCAUGGAGGGAAUUGGAGUCGUCAUGCCUGUAGAAAAUGAAAUGAAGAAACCGCAGCAUUUUCUCAGAUGUCCAAGCGUUUUAUAUAUUUCCAUGUCCGUCGUAAUCUCUCUGUUCACUGUUUUCGGAUUCUUCGGAUAUGUGCAAUUUGGGGACGAUGUCAAAGGCAGUAUAACGCUGAAUUUACCCAAUAACGAUAUAUUUGCGCAAGCAGCCAAGUUGUUAAUGGCUGUCGUAAUAUACUUCACAUAUCCUUUACAGUGUUAUGUGGCCAUGGAGAUAAUAACGAGGAUGCUCAAAAAGUACCAACCGAAUAAGUUUGACAACGUCAUUCAAGUCAGCAUCAGGACCUUCAUAGUUUUACUUUCAGUUGGCGUAGCCGCAGCCUUCCCGAAUUUGGAGUUGGUUAUCAGCUUCGUAGGCGCCAUCUUUUUCUCUACCCUGGGUUUUCUCUUUCCCGUUAUCGUUGAGACCGUGUAUCGCUGGGAUAGAGACACUGGCCGAUUCAACUACAUUAUCUACAAGAAUAUUGUUAUUGGAGUUUUUUCCAUCUUUGUGCUUGUCUCUGGAGCCUAUGUAUCUGUCGUCGGUAUAAUAGAUGAAUUUUUUGUUGAACAUCUCAUUGAAAAUGACAAUUUGACUUCCACUUCUAUUGUAAAUAUGUUAAUAUGAUCGUCUCUAAGUGUUAUUAAAAUAUGUAAUUAAAAUGUUAUGCAAUUUUAUUUAGGUAAUGGAGCCUACGAUUUAAAUUAUGUCAGUAGUCAGUGAAGCAGUAUAAAUGGGUUAGCAAAGAUAUAUUUUGUAAAGUACCCUAUAGCUUUGCCUCUAGUGCCAAAAAUAUCUGUGCUCAUCACACAAAUAAAUGCCCUUACCGGGAUUCGAACCCGGGACGAUCGGCUUCAUAAGCCACUGGGUCACUAGCCACUAGGCCAGACCGGACGUCAAAAAUUAUUUUUAAUGAAUUGCAUUAAU